GAAGGCUGGAGUGUGGGUCUUUGGGGGUUAUCUCCUCUAUUGUUGAUGCUGCAUUCUUAUUUCUUAAAAACAGAAAAAGCUAUAUAAUAAUAUUAGGGAUAAAUAUAUAUUAAAAAGGUUAAGGAGAAGAGAAGGAAACCAAAGCACAGACUGUCUUCUUCAUCCUACUCUGUCUCCUCUCUCCAUUUUUAUUCUCAACUUCAUUUUUGUCUUCUAUUCCUCUCUCUUCACUUCCCACCGAUGCUCCAAAUACCCAACGCCGCCGAUGACGACGACAUGGACGACGGUAUGAAGUGCACUUACCAUCCUUAUCGGACCAACCAAGGAGGGAUCUGCGCUUUAUGUCUUCAAGAAAAGCUCGGCAAAUUAGUCUCUUCUUCCCCUCUUCCUCUUCCACCUUCCUCUUCUUCUUCUUCUUCCUCUGCCUCUUUCAGAUCUGAUUUUGCCGCCGCCCGUCACUCUGCUCUUUCCUCUCUUCAAUUUCCCCCUCAAAAUAGAAAUCACUGCCACGAUCACGCCGCGCCGGCGAGGACUCGAAUCCCCUUUCUGUCGAAGAAGAAGAAGAAGCAGCCGGAGAUAGGUUUCCGCCGGAGUAAAUCCACUACCACUCCGGCUAGAGGGAAAUUUCUGGAUCCUUAUCACGCUGAAGAUUACAGCCCUAAGAACAGAGGAUGGAUUUGGUCACUGUUUGAUCUUUCUACUAAAUCCCAUUCAACGAGAAAAAUCGAUCAUGGGGGUUUGCGAGAAAGUUCGAAGAUCGCGUCUUUACCAACCGCCGCGACGUCGGAGAAGCUGAAGGGAAAAUGCACGCAAACAUCUAAAGAUUUCUGCAACACCGGCACGGCGGAGGACGACGACGGAGGUGGAGACGAUAGUCCGUACAGUAGUCAAGCUUCUGCUUCAGUCUCGUCGUUUGAACGGAAGGUUUCAAGAUCCAGAUCCGUCGGGUGCGGCAGCCGGAGUUUCUCCGGCGACUUCUUCGAAAGAAUCACCGGUUUCGGCGACUGUACGUUACGAAGAGUGGAAUCUCACAGAGAGGGAAAACCCAAAAUAAACCCCACCGCCGUGGCCACGGUGCCGGACGGCAACGAUUGCCUGAAAGAACGGGUGAAAUGUGGUGGAAUAUUCGGCGGAUUCAUGAUUCAGACAUCGUCAUCUUCGUCAUCAGCGUCAUCGUCGUACUGGGUAUCAUCAUCCUCCGGCGAAGAAGGGAGAUUCCAGCAGGCAACGUAUGGUCAGGCCGGGCGGAGCAAGAACAAAGGGUGGGCAUUUGCUAGUCCGAUGAGAGCGUUCACGAAGCCAUCGUCUUCAUCAUCAGAAGGGAAAAGAGAAUCAUCGGAGAAAAAUUCGACUCCAAAUUUAGACGCCAUUCCUUCAUUGCUGGCUGUAAGAAUCUGAACAAAAAAUUGGACAACGAAAACUAAGAUGCAGUAAUUUUAAUUUACAUGUUAAUCAUGAAAUUAAUUAUCUUUUCUUAUUAUUACUAUUUGUUUUUAAAAAAUUAUCAGUUGAUAUUGUAAAUCAUGUUGUUGUUAUUGAGACUUUAGAGACUCAAAACUUUUCCCCAACCUUCAUUGUUUCCUUUCUGUAUUUUCGAAUUUUGUCCACUGGGCAUCACCGGUGGGUCCUUCCUUUCUUUUCUUUUCUUUUUUUCAUGUACUAAAUAUCCACUAAAUUAAAUAAUUCUUUUUGGUCAUCCAUCAAUAACAUAGAUUUAUUAUUUCUUAA